GCAAUCAUUCUCCGUCAAUCGCCGUGAAAUACCCAAAUUUGCAAUGUAAUCGGUAUUUGGCUUUAUUUUGCUAUUUUACCGCCAAAAUGCAUGGAAAUUCUAUCCUCGCAAAUCGAAAGGAGUUAAUGAUUGAUUCGUCUGCCGAUUGCAGUUUAUGGGACAUACUGAAAGCAAUUCAUCUGAGAUUGAAGUGCAAGCAAAAAGAAUGAAGUUUGAUAAAAAUUGUGUUUUACGAUGGGCUAAGCUAACAGAGAAUGCAUUUGAACCAGUCCGUGGAUCGGAGCGAGCGGCAGGGCUGGAUUUGCGAAGUGCUUACGAUCUGGUUGUACCGGCACGUGGCAAGGCUUUGGUGAAAACUGAUCUUCAAAUCGAAGUUCCAAAUGGUUCUUAUGGUCGCAUUGCUCCACGUUCCGGAUUAGCAGUUAAGAAUUUUAUCGAUGUCGGCGCUGGGGUAGUCGACGAAGAUUAUCGCGGCAACCUUGGUGUGGUACUAUUCAAUCACUCCGAUGUCGAAUUUGAAGUUAAACGUGGAGAUAGAAUUGCCCAAUUAAUAUGUGAACGCAUAUUCUACCCCGGGCUUGAACAAGUCGAUAAAUUGGAAGAAACUAAACGAGGUGACGCAGGUUUUGGUUCAACAGGUGUGAAAGAACUUCCUGCCAUUAAGAAUGGUACAACAGUACCAGCAGCUGCUGAUGCCGAAACCGAAUAAUUCUAUAAUCUCGUUAUACCUCUUAAGACUAAGUUAACCAAGUAUUUCAUGUAUUGUAUUUUUCAGAAUAAAUGACUCUUUUUAAACGAAAAUCAUAUACUGUAAUAAA